AAAGGAACUACAACUCCCAUGAGCCUAUGCAAUAAGGAAGUUUCAAUCUCAUACGUAUUCAGAGUUUGUGUUAGCAGAAUAUCUCUUGCAAGACACACAAUCAGCUAUUUACUUGCAAAUAUGCACCGAUCAGAAAUCCGCUUCAUUGAGUGACACCUUUUCCACAGAGCUCCUGUCUGCUUUCACCAACAUGGGGACUGCUUUCGCGAUUGUUCUGGUGUUUGUGGGAUGUUGCUGUAACGUGGUGUCUCUGGAGCUGCUUGUAAGACAGUUCCCAGGAUGUGGAAACAUAGUCACCUUCGCUCAGUUCCUCUUCAUCGCAUUAGAAGGUUUCAUCUUUGAAACAAAAUUUGGGACGAAGAAACCAGCAAUCCCUAUCCGCAACUAUGUGAUCAUGGUGACCAUGUUCUUCACUGUCAGUGUGAUCAACAACUACGCUCUCAACUUCAACAUCGCCAUGCCGCUGCACAUGAUCUUCAGAUCGGGUUCGCUAAUCGCUAACAUGAUCCUGGGAAUAAUCAUCCUGAAGAAAAGGUAUACAGCAAGUAAAUAUCUGUCUAUAGCUUUCAUUUCAGCGGGUAUCUUCAUCUGCACCAUCAUGUCUGCCAAACAAGUGAAUGUAGCCACUGAGGGAUCAGAAGAGCAAGGCUUUUACCCACUGAUCCACUGGCUUAUAGGUAUCGCCAUGUUGACCUUUGCUCUGCUGAUGUCUGCGAGGAUGGGCAUUUUCCAGGAGACACUGUACAAGCAGUACGGAAAACACUCCAAGGAAGCCCUCUUCUAUAAUCACUGCCUGCCUCUGCCGGGCUUCCUGCUCCUCUGCACCGACAUCUACAACCACGCCGUCCACUUCAGUCACAGCACUCCUACAGUUGUUCCUGUGGUCGGAGUGACGAUGCCAAUAUUGUGGCUCUACCUCCUGAUCAACGUCAUCACACAGUAUGUGUGCAUCAGAGGUGUCUUCAUCCUGACCACAGAGUGCGCCUCGCUGACCGUCACUCUGGUGGUGACCCUGAGGAAGUUCCUCAGCCUCAUCAUCUCCAUCAUGUACUUCCAGAACCCCUUCACCACGUGGCACUGGGUGGGCACGGCGGUCGUCUUCCUCGGCACGCUGCUGUACACCGAGGUGUUGAGCAGUGUGUGGGCGGCUCUGCGUGGACCAGGCGGCAAGGCCAAGAAGGCCGAGUGAAGAAGAGGAAGAAGAAGAUGACGAUAAGGGACUAAUGGUCAGAUAGAAACACAGCCACUGUGAUGGACUUAGAGGUUGUUUUUGGUCAAAACUACCUGCAGCGAUUUUAUGCAGUUAUGUCAUUUUCUUAGACAGUAGUACACUCACACACACACACACACACACACACACACACACACACACACACACACACACACACACACACACACACACACAGUUUAGACUAGAGGAUAAGACUGGUGAUACUUUAUAUGUUCAUUAUUAUCAGCUAAUCCCUAGGAGACUCAAAUAGGAGAAUUUGCUGCUUUUUGGGUUGGUCUAAUAUUGAAGUUAUUUCAAUAUAUUUGGGCUUUAAACUGUUGUUUUCUGAUCUUUAAUAGACCAUAAGAUUAAUCGGUAAAAUCAAUUACAGAUUAAUCAAUAAUUACAAGAAUUGUUGCAGCCUUACUGUAGAUUCCUGCAGCCAAGUAGCCAAAUUACAUUUUUAAUUGAAGCUUUUAAAACUGGUCAUAUAUUUUUCAACUGUUAAAUAAUUUCCCGGAACAAAACUCGUCACUGAAGUUUUAGCGAACGUUAUUCAAACACGACUAAAUAGUGCAUUUGUUAAGGUGUAUUUUUAGCUGUGACUCAAUACACAAUAAUGGAGGGAACAUGUGAUGUGUCUCAAUAAUGUGUUUUUAAUCAUUUUUGUGAAAUGAUGGUGCUCUAGAACAGACAGAGAAAGUUGUAUUAAGCUUUGGCUACUGGGUCACUUUGUUGUUGUUGUUUUGUCCUACAUCGGAUUAUUGAUAAUAAAAUAUCACCAGCCCUAUUCUUAAAUAUUGGUACCUCAUUCGUUUUAUCAGGUGCAAAAUGAUGGUGCAACUUUCUUGUGUCUUUAAAAGUUUUUAUUAUUUAUUUUCUCAAUGUGACAGCUAAUUUACUCCAUUUUAGCACUGAUACCAACGUUUGUCAGUACAGUGAAUGCAAUACUGUGAUGCUGUUGGAUGUAAGACUAUUCCUACAUUAAUGUUUAGGAGCAGCUGGAAACACUGUUUGUAUAGAGGGAUAACUUAUGUGGAUCAUAAGGAUGCUGUAAUCUUGUUUUCCUCAUCUGUCAAACUGUCUCAGGUGUUCUCAGUUUUCCUCAACAAGAAACAUCCCAUUUUAAAAUAAACCUUUACACUCC